UUCAGUUUGCGGUCGCUUGUGUGAUGUGCCUUUUUGGUGUGGUCUCGUCUCUAAAGUGAAUCAAAUGAAUUGAAUAAAACAACUGAACUUUGUGGCAGCUAUUAGCCAGUGACGCUAAUACAACUAUAGUUAGAAAGUUUAAUUGAUUGAAUUUUCAGAAGGUUCUCAUUCAUCACGAAAUUUCUCAUGUAUCAAAUGCAGUUGACGUUGUAUUUAAUCACUUUGAAUUGAAAUAAAUUUAAACGUGUACCUAAAAAUGUGGUUAAACAGUAGCUGGAAGAUGAUGCGUCUAACGGGAUUGUUGAGAUUAUGUCUCUAUAUAAUAUUGAUAAGCGCAUUGGUUGGAGCGGAUAUAACGACUGUCGAACGGAUACGGAAACACCAAGAAUGGCUAAAACAACGAAAUCAACAGAAAAGCAAUCGGCUCGCGGUGGCUAUCAAUUAUCCGAAAUCCAACUACGAACGUGCCAAUUUAUGGCGUCAUCCCAAGCAAAGCGCAGCAUCUACAGAAAAUCUAAGCAUAAACGAAGUUUAUCCAGAAAAUGAAGCUAACGAAAAUGAGGAUCUAACAUCAACCACAACCACGCCGACAAUCUCGACAUUGUUGGUAACAACCACAAUACCAUUAGAAACAACACCAUCUCGACCCACGUCACAGCCCGAAGAACAAACAGUAUUAUCGGCUACGUCCAACACAAUCGCGGUUACGUGGGCUUCUCCAACAACACAGCGCGCGACAACAGAGUCGCGGCCUAGGCAGAUAUCUGAGCAGAGUGUGGGUGUGCCCGAAGCGCCUAUUAUUAGUAGUGAGGCUGUAACGAAAGCACCUAAAAUCAGUGUUCCGAAGACGACUACGUUAGGAACAACAAGUACAACAACAGAAUUGACGUUAAGCAGCUCGACUAGCAAGCCAAAUGUUGUUGAAAAUUCAGAUUUGGCAACAAACGUAAGCUCAGUAUUACCUACGACAAAGCGAGAGCACUCGAGUUCACGCCAGCGUGCCUAUCCACGUUGGGGUAAUUGGGGCAAGUGGAGUGAAUGCUCGCGCAGUUGUGGCGGUGGUGUAAGCUUUCAGCAGCGGAAAUGUAUAAAUCGCAACUCCGCAACUGGAAAACGUUAUAUCAGUAAUGCUUGCAUUGGCGUCUACAAGCGUUAUCACAUCUGCAACGAGCAGCCUUGUCCUGCCGCUUUGACUGACUUCCGCGCCGUACAAUGUGCAGCAUUCAAUGAGGUCGAUUUUCAGGGACAGAAAUACACUUGGGAGCCCUAUAUCAAAGAGGAUGCCGAAUGCGAAUUGAAUUGCAAGCCAAUGGGUAUGAAAUAUUUUGCAACGUUAAACUCAUCGGUCAUUGAUGGUACGCCAUGUUUUCGACCAGCUGAAUAUUAUCGCUCAAAUUAUCGACAGCGUGCAAUGUGUGUGGAUGGUGUUUGUAAGGCCGUUCACGCAACAGGCAUCAUCACGGGACUCUCUGCCAAUAGUGGCUCGGUCAACUGUGGCGGUUUGAUUUGCCGCCCAAUAACGGGUAUCUUUACACGCGAUCCGCUGCCACAAGAUGCUUACGUGCAUGUAGCCACAAUACCAGCCGGUGCCUCGAAUAUUUCUAUAACUGAACUGGGGAACAGCAUAAAUUUACUAGUGCUGCGCUCACCUGAUCAGAAAUAUAUAUUCAAUGGCGAUAAUAUGGCAUCGGAUAGUGGCGCCUAUGAGGCUUUGGGCGCAAUUUUCGACUAUCAUCGUAUCGAUGGAUUGCAGCAGGGCGAAGGCGUAACAGAGUGGAUAACUUGCUUAGGCCCCAUAAGAGACAUGCUGGAGUUGAUGAUCUACAGCAAGUCCUCGAAUCCGGGCAUCAAAUAUGAGUAUCUCCUGCCUAUAACCUCCGAUUCAGAAGAAAAUGAACUAUCCGUAGAGAGUGAAGCAUUUUUGAAAAAUGGUCCAGAAGAAAGUUUUGCUAGCAAUUCGCGCUCGGGUCGACGUCGCCGCUUCAAUUGGAAAGUGGUAGGUUUUAGCGCCUGUUCUAAGACUUGCGGUGGUGGCAUACAGACACCAAUUGUACGCUGCGUACGGGAGAAUCCAAUACGUUAUUAUUCACAACGCCGUUGCAUGCAUUCCGAGAAGCCGAUGCUGAAUGAAAAUCUCCUGCGUUGCAACACUCAACCAUGUCCUGCCUAUUGGCGCAUAGAAGACUGGAGUGAGUGUCAUUGCCAACAGGGUGAGGGCUAUCGUGAACGCGAUAUAAGUUGUGUGCAAGAGCUCGCUUCAGGCAUUGUUAUUCACGUAGACAAUUCAGCUUGCAUCGAAGAAAUGCCAAACCAGCGUAAACCAUGCGAUUGCCCGAAGAAUAGGCGUCGCUCACAUGUGGCACGCUACCGCAUGGCGCACGCUGGAUCCAAUGGCACACAUAAUCACCGUGGGCGCGAUAAGACUGACAAGUCCGGUAUUUGGCUAAUGUCCGAUUGGAAUCAAUUUUGCUCAGUGGAAUGCGGUACAGGCGUAGAAUAUCGCACGAUCUUCUGUGAUCGUUCCAAACCGAACACGGAUCGCUGUGAUCCACGUACAACGCCUGAGAUUACGCACCCAUGCCAACGUGAUCGUGAUUGUGAGAAGGGUGAAUGGUUCGCUGGACCGUGGACAUCGUGCAAUGGUAAUUGUUUUAAUUUAACACGAUCGCGUCCCGUCUAUUGCAUACACAAUCGGGAAAUUGUGACGGAUGAGGACUGUAAACCUGAGUUGAAGCCGCAAUUGGUGGAAAACUGUCUACACGAAGAAGUGGAGUACUGCGGACCGCGUUGGCAUUACUCCGAAUGGUCGGAGUGUACGAAAACAUGCGAUGGUGGUACCCAGCGACGUUCAGUAAAGUGCUUGGAGUACGAUGAACGCGAGAGUUCAAUGCGUGAAUCUUCAAAGUGUCGCUACUCAUUGCGCGAGCCUAUCUACCGCAGUUGCAACACGCACAAGUGUGAAGAACCACAGUUAGAGCUCCUGCAAAAUGACGUUGCUGUCUCCUGUGUGGACGAGUUUAACAAUUGCCAGUGGGCUGUCAAGGCGAAACUCUGCAGUUACGAUUAUUACAAGCAAAAUUGUUGUUACUCCUGUGGUGCGGUCUAAAAAAUUUUGAGCAGCCCAAGGAGUACGUAGGAGUACGUAAUUUAUUGUUUUUUUUUUGUUUUUGUAUUUAGUAUUUUUUAAGCGAAAAGUUUAUAAUUAUUAUUUAAAGCAGAUAAAGUUAGGACACAGUUUUUUAAUUUGUAUUUUUCUGCCUACGAAAACGUUGCUAAAUUAAUCGAUUCGAGUAAAUGUUGGAAGUUUAUCGAAAUUUUUUUGGGAAAUUAAAACUUACUUUCACUAAGUAUUUUCUUAAGUAUUUAUAAAUUUAAAGCUAGGCAUAGUGUAGGAAAAAUUUUGUUUAAAACAUUACGAGGAAAGUUUUUAUGGGAAGAUUUUUUCACAUUAGAAUACAUUGAAUGUUAAAUUUUUCGAACUUUAAUUCAAAUUAGAUAGAGACAUAUGUAUCUUUUGUUCUAAGCCACAUUCCAAUAAUUAAACUCAAAUAGCCGAAAUUGUAUUACAAAACUAACUGUAAAAUUUAAUUAACCAU